UAGGGUUUUGCCGAAACAAGAAAAAGAUCCUAGGCCCGUAUAUAUUCUUCUUUUAGGGCAGUCAGUGCCAGGGCGAGCGCAAGUAGGCGGCGACACCACCGGCAAGCCUCCUGUGUGCUACUCGUUCCCCUCGCGCUCGCUAGCGGCGGCUAGGGUUUCAAGGAUGAGUAGCGAGCAGGGCGCUGGAGGCGGCGGCAACGGCGGUGGCAAGGAGCAGCAGAUUUCGGCCUUCUCGGUGGGGGAUUUGGGCGGCGCGUUGCCUGGCGGCACUGGAACUUUCACCGCGGCGGACCGCGCGGGGCUCGUCAAUGCGCUCAAGGACAAACUCCAAUAUCUUGCUGGGCAGUCUUCAGGUUAUGUGGAAUCGCUGAGCCCGAAAGUGAAGAAGCGGGUCCAAGCACUGCAGGAUUUGCAGAAACAACACGAUGAGGUUGAGAUGAAGUUUAGAGAGGAGAGGGCGAUUUUGGAGGCAAAGUAUCAGAAGCUUUAUGCUCCCUUCUACGCGAAGCGAUUUGAAAUUGUCACCGGUGCUGUGGAUGUUGACGACAACAAGGGCGAGGCCGAAGCCGAAGCUAAGACCGAAGAAGGUUUGGCUAAGUUCCUUCUUUCACGGGUGUGUUCUUACCUUGUUUCUUCUUUAUCUAUUGUAGAGAAUGGGGUCCCGGAAUUCUGGCUCACGGCUAUGAAGUCCAAUGAAGUUCUGGGCAUGCAAAUUACUGAACGAGACGAGGGAGCACUAAAGUUCCUGAAGGAGAUUAAGUGGUGCAACUUGGAAAGCCCGAAAGGGUUCCGUCUUGAUUUUUACUUCGAUACGAAUCCCUACUUCAGGAAUUCAGUGCUGAGCAAGACGUACCACAUGGUGGACGAGGACGAGCCUAUCCUUGAGCGUGCUAUCGGGACGGAAAUCGAGUGGCAUGCCGGGAAGAAUCUAACUCAGAAGAUUUUGAAGAAGAAGCCAAAGAAGGGAGCGAAGAAUACCAAGCCGGUCACAAAGACAGAACAGUGUGACAGCUUCUUCAACUUCUUCAGUCCGCCUCUAGUGCCAGACGACGAUGACGACAUCGAUGCGACUGAUGCUGAACAACUGCAGGACUUGAUGGAACAGGACUACGAGAUUGGAUCGACCAUCAAGGAGAAGAUUAUUCCCCACGCAGUUUCGUGGUUCACUGGCGAGGCCUUGCAAGGGGACGAGUAUGAAGACGUGGAUGACGAGAACGACACGGAAAGCGAUGACGAGGAGGAGGACGAUGAGGAGGAGGAGGAUGAGGAGGACGAAGAGGAGGAAGACGAAGGAAGCGCACGCAAGCCGGCGGCUCCUCGGACAAAGGCUGCGGUGAAGAAGCAGGCUAGUGGCGACCAGCCCCCAGAAUGCAAGCAACAGUGACAAACCGGUUGUCAUCCUACUCACAGGCAGUUUGGUAUUUCCAUUUGUUUUGGAGAGUCAUGAAGUUUCUCGAAUUUUUGUAGACGGCAUCUAUGUUUAAGUUCGAUGAUUUCUCUA